UGGUUGGAAACUGCUGUGGCAGAGAAAGCGGGAGGCUUAAAAAAACGAUGCCACUGCCUCUGUGAUGCUAUUAAUCUUUAACACCAUGAGAGGAGAAGACAUCCACAGUGUCAUGUGACAAACUGCACUUUACACUCUGCCGGAGGACACCGGGACACCGACACGUCCAUCAGACGCCGUGUGAGACCACAUUACAGAAGCGGUCCCGGACUCAGACUGGACCCGGACUGCCCCGGAGGAGAGACGCCACAGCUGAGUUCAAAAUGUUAACCAGGUGGUUAACUUUCACAGCUUUUCUGGCAGGCUCAGCGAGUCCAGGAAGAGCAGCUGUCACCGUCGCUCCGGCCUGCAGGGUCGAAGGUCAUCCGGAGGCACAGCUGACAUUAAACUGUGGAGACGGCACGAACGCAGGUGUGGUCCAGUACUGGCACACCCCCUUUGGAGAUCUGCACAGGCCUGGUUUCCACAGUAAACUGGACCCUGUCUUCAUGCAUCAGGACGGAAGCCUGGUGGUCCCCAACGCCAGCGUUCUCCAUGGCGGCUGGUACUACUGCCUCCUGCAGCACACAGAGGGAACUGCACUGUGGCCCUACAAGCUCCACAUCAGUCCCGAUACUCAGAAGAACCAAGAACACGGCCAACAUGAGCGCCGCAGCAGCUGUGAUGCGUUCAGGUGCAGGAGGGAUGUUGGGUCUGAGGCGGAGCGACAGGCAGCCGUUUCAGACGGGCAGUUUGCAGGAGCCGUGACAGCAUCAGUGCUGCUGACGUUUGUGCUGGGCUUCAGUGCUGGGGCUUUGGCCAGGACUCAGGUUCUCAGGUGUUUAGGUGCAGUCACUAAGAGGCUGCAGUCACCACGGAGACGACGACAAACCGACACACCUGACCAUGACCCCGAGGUCACCAUGACAAACCUGCCCUCCAUGUACAACAACCAGGUCUUUGAGGCGGCGCAAACCGAGUCGCCGAUUUCGUCGACGGCCUCGUCUCCACCCGCCAAACCUCAGAGAAGCUUCCGGACCAAACGACACGAGGAGCAGGAGGCCGCUGCUUAUCUGGAGGGAUGCAACUACAUGGAAGAAGAGGAGGGAAGGAUGGAGGAAGAGGAGGAGAAGGUGGAACGAAGGAGUCUGGAGGACAGCAGUCAAGCAUGUGAUGGGGAGACGGCGGAGGACGAGGCAGAAAGAAAGUUCUACCUGUUAGAAGACGAAGGGAGUCAAAGUGAAACAGAUGAGGACAAGUUCAGCGAGGGAGGAGGGGACAAGGAAGAAACGAAGGCAGAUGAAGAGGAGAGUAAGAGCGAAGAGGGAGGGGAGGGGAGGAGAAAAAGAGAGGAGGAGGAGGAGGAAGAUGAUAAAGAGAAAGAAGGAGACGAUGGAGAAAAUAUGAGGAGAGAAGAAGACGCAGAGACAGACACCUGCAGCAAAGACGAUGAGAUGGACGGUAAGAAACAGGAGGACACAAUGGAAAGAGGAGGAGACCUCCCAGCAGCGUCCUCCCUGCCCCGCCCACGUCGUCGCAGCCGCGUCAUUCGCCUGUACCAGUAUGACGACGAGGGACAGCGAUACUGCCACCUCCCCGACCCCGUCCCAGACGAGCCAGGCCCCGCCCCCAGGCUUAAACAUCGCUCCGUCUCUCUGACACGCCUCAACGCCAUCAUGGACACCGCCUCGGGUGGUCCACUGAACAGCAGGGAGGCGGCGGGGGAGGAGAGGCUCCACUUCCACAUGGACAUAUGACAGACAGGAAGUGCAGGCUUCCUUUGGUGAAUUACAAACUACUGCGAGACACCGAGCGAGAGGCUGUGCCAGUCAUUCAGAAGCAGCCUGCCACACUUCCAUUUCCUCUUUAUUAAUGUGAAAACAUCUACAAACAAGACACAAAAUGGGAAAAAAAUAAUUAUCAAGAAAACAGAAAUUCCACAGCACUCAGUUCAUUUUUUCUGAAAACUUUUUCUUUUCUCCAAAUUAAGGCUAUAAAAAGUCGGUGUGUUGAGCACAGCUGGGACGAUCUCUGGGGGGACGCGGGUGAUGUCCACAGGGACGAUUCAGGAGCCUGUGAGCGUGUGUGUUAGCUGUUGGAGUCCAUCAAAAUGUUGACUUGGCUUUGAGUUUCGUCUUCCUCGGAGACGACAGAGAUCCCUCCUGUGUUUGUGGUUUUUGUUUUCUCUCCCUCUUUCUCCUUUCUGGUGUUGUGAUGCUGUCUGCUACGAUGCCGACCAAGUUUUUAGCCAUUCCACAAACUCGUCUAGCAGCACCGGCCCUGAGGACAGCAAGGACACAAAUAAUAUUAAUAUAACACAGGAGUGAUUGGAAAUGUCAUGAUCACACAAGUCACGAAAUCCUACGCAGGAACCUCAGGAACCCGAUCCUUCGAACAGUUUGUACUGAUGAUACGUUUAUCUGCAGCUGUGCAGGUUUAAACACAUUUAACAGCAAAAGAAAAAAAAACUGCACAAGAUUCAAAUGUUGAUUUAGAAUUUGAAUGUAAAUGAGGCCUCAAACUCCAGUGAAAACUGAAGAAAUCCUGAUGAGCAAAACGUCAAAAUAAAUAAAUAUUUUACCAUAACGAGUCAUCGGUGGUACAUGAUCACUUUUGUUAGAAAUGCUUUGUUCUGGACUGUCACAUCUCUGUAAUAUAAAAAUGAGCUUCUUCCAUUUACAAUAAAAACACUUGUUUGUUCAGACAGCUCUU